AUGAAGAGCUCUUUAUAUUUUGUAUCAUCUGUAAAGCAAUCUUUUUGGAACAAAAACUUGAAGUCUUUGGUUAAUUAUGAUUUUCAUAAAUUGUCAGAAGAUCAAUAAACAGUAGUUUUAUUUAAAUAAGGAUAAUUAUUUAAGAGAGCAACUCCGAGAAGAUAUAGGAUUUAUAACUAACACUUAUUUUAUUUUAGAGAGGUAGUGAUCUAUAUUUUACUAGUUGUCUAUUACAGAAUGGUGAAAUAGGAGGCUUUCUAGUUCUUAAAAAUGUAUAUUGUUCUUUUAGAAAUAAUGAAAACUAAUUAAUAAUCACAUUGUCCCAUGAUCAAUCUCAACUGCAGAUUUUUACAGGCAAUAAAACAGAGGAAGUUUAGAACUUUGUUAAUGAGUUGAAGUUAAAUUGCAUCUAAGAAUAAAUUAUAGAAAAUUUUUACACAAUCAAUCAAAAAAUAGGAGAGGGAGUCACGUGUGAGGUGUAUUAAAUUUGUAAUUUUAUUAGGUCUUCCUUGGAAUUAAUUAACAAAAUUAGAAAUUUGUAAUAAAAAGAGUAGCAAAAGCACCACUUGGACAUAAAAUGAGAGAUAGACAAGCCAAGAGUCUUGCAGAGGAAAUCUUUAUCAUGAGAAGUCUGGAUUAUCCAAAUAUUCCCAAAUUAUAUGAGGUGUUUGAAUCCAAUAGUAUCUUUUUUAAUUAUAAUUAAACAAGAUUACAUUGAGUUAGUAAUGACUCAUUAUGAAGGUGGCAUUUUAUAUGAAAAGCUUUUAAAUUUUAGUCUAUCACAGAAAUAACAAUUAGUCAAAGACAUACUAGAAACAAUGAACUAUGUUCACUUUUAAUAAAUUAUGCAUCGAGAUUUGAAGCCAUAAAAUAUUAUGUUUAAAGAUAAGGAUCCAACAAGUACUGACAUUGCCAUUAUUGAUUUUGGGUUUGCAACAAACUUAAAUUAUUAGGAGCAUAUCCUUUACAAUUGUGGUACUCUUGGUUAUGCAGCACCAGAAGUAUAGGAAUAUAAGGAAAAAUAAAAAAUGUAUACCACCUAAUGUGAUGUUUAUAGUUUAGGAAUUAUCAUUUAUGAAAUGUAUCUGUAUUUAUUAAUUAGAUUCUUCGGAGUUCAUCCCUUUAGAAACUCUAAUCCUGGGAGUCUUACUUUUAGUGAAAAAGUCAAGGUUCCACAAUCUUUAAAGAAUCUUUUAAUUUAAAUGACUAGAUUCCAACCAAAAUUUCGAUUUACCUUAUAGGAAUGUUUAGAAUAGGAAUUUUUUCGAGAGGAUCUUGAUUCCUUAGGGUUGGAUGGCUUGUCAAAAUACAGUUUGGUCAAUUCGAUUCAUUAAAAACCUCUUAAUAUAUCAAGAAAAAACUCCAUUGAGCCUUCUGUAAAAUAAGAGAAAUUAAGUAAACAUGACUCUACUAAAAUCAAAACAGUAAAUUCUACUGCAGCAGAAUCUAAGAAUCUAUAAAUAAGGAACUUAAAUCUUUAUGACGAAGAAUAUUAAGAUGAUCUUUAAUUUAUUGAAAAUCAUAAUUUUCCAAACGAUUUUAAUAAUUUUAUCCAAAAAAGAAUAUGA